AUGGAAACGCCGACCUUAGAUGCUGCCCUUCUAGGCAAGGCAAAGGUAGAAGUGGAGCCGCUAAAAGGUGAACUAGAAAAGGCACGGGCACAAGUCCAAAACUUAAGGAGGAAGGUAGCUAGCUGGAGAAAAGUGGCACGGAGCGCCUGUGCAAAAGGUCUGGCCUACGCUCAGAGGGCCAAAAAGAUGGAGGUGUUGGCUGUGGUGCAGGGUUACUUGACUAAGCACUCCAGGAUGAGUCAGGGUGAGGUUGCGUCCGAGUUGUCAACUCCCAAGUCUGAGCUGGAAGUGGUACACAGGGUGAUAUCACUAGAGUUUGAGCUGGCGAGCGAGCAUAAGAGGACUGACGAGGCUCAGCAAGCCUAUGCUAUUGCCAAGGAGAGGUUGGAGGAGGCCCUUAUGAACAAUGAGGACCUACAUGACUCGGCCGUGAAAGAUAAGGAGGAUGCGGAUGUACGGAUCGCUGAUUUAGAGAGAGCCUUGGAAGAAGAGAAGGGUAAGACAGCAGAGCUGGCUAGAAUGAUGGAAUCUGAGAAGGCUGCCUAUCCAGAUCUGUGUACGGCGGCAAUGGAACAGUUUAAGUUAUCCUCAGAGUUCCAAAUGUCUAUGGAUGCAGCGAUGGUGAAGAGCUUGGCCAGAGAGGGGGAUGGUGGGGCUGGACCAUCGAACUUGGCCACUGCGAAGCUGGUGGAGGGGAAAACUAAAGAAGAGAUAAUUCAACGGUUUCAGCAGUUGGAUUAUUACAAACAUGAGAUGAGCUUAUAUUGA